UAUGAAAAGAUUUCAAACGUCUUGCAACGGGAAUAUAACGAAUUUUGUGUACAUUACUCGCACAUGUCAACGGAAGGACACGUUUUACGGUGUCGUUUUAUAGAGUGUACAUGUUGAGUGGCUAAUCGUAAUCGUAGUAAUGAAAGCGGUUGUGAUUGGAUUAGUUUGGUUCGGAUUGUUGCAAAGUACUAUUACCGCACCAUCGGAUAUCAACCCUGACCCAACAUUCACCGCCCCAAUUGUCAAUGUUACAGUUCCUGUCGGAAGGGAUGCAUUUCUAACGUGCAAAGUCCACGAUUUGGUGGCGUUUAAGGUAGCGUGGUUACGUGUUGACACCCAGACGAUACUAACUAUUCAAAAUCAUGUUAUCACGAAAAAUCAACGUAUCGGAAUUAGUCACACGGAACAUCGUAUUUGGCAAUUAAGGAUACGCGAUGUACGCGAAUCGGAUCGAGGAUGGUAUAUGUGCCAGAUAAAUACGGACCCGAUGAAGAGUCAAGUCGGAUAUUUGGAUGUUGUUGUACCCCCCGAUAUCCUCGACUUCGAAACCAGUCGUGAUAUUGUUGUCGACGAGGGUCAAAAUGCAACCCUCACGUGUUCGGCAUCAGGUCUUCCACCGCCAACAAUCACAUGGCGUCGAGAGAAGGAAAAGCCCAUCCUCUCUGUAGGAGGGAAGGAAGUGUUCAGCAUAGAAAGCCAAAAUCUAUCACUGAAGAAUGUAAAUCGCCACUACAUGGGUGCUUAUCUCUGCAUUGCCUCAAACGGCAUCCCACCAACCGUCAGCAAACGUGUUUUACUCGUUGUCAACUUCCCACCGAACAUUCGAACUCGCCAGGAGGAAAUCUUUGUUAGUCCAGGACAAAAAGUUGUUCUAGAGUGCGUUACUGAAUCUCAUCCGAAUUCAGUGAAUUAUUGGCUUCGUGAUAAGGAGUUCAUCCAAGGAGGCACCUACGAGUCGGUCACUUUGGAGAAUAUCUUUAAGAUAGUGAUGCGAUUAACAAUUCGUCCAAUACAGACUAAGGACUUUGGGGAGUAUAAGUGCAUCGCGAAAAAUUCAUUGGGACAAUCAGAGAAGGUCAUCACGGUUUUUCAAAAAGCUCCACCUUUGGUUCAAGUUUCGCCGGCUACAGAUAAUUUUAACGACAAUAUCAUAGAAAAUUUGAUUCAACUAACUCCUGCUAUAUCUUCCGGACGGCAGUCAGGCUGUGUAAACCUCAAUCCUGGCAGUACUACUUCAGUUCCUGUAUUCUAUUUGCUGUACAUUAUAGUCAUAAACUGCUGAAGAUGCUGGCGGUAUCUUAUUU